AUGUCAUUCUCCCUUAGUGAAGCGUCAGAAUUCCAAGCAACUUCUGCUGUUAAUGGGCUGCUGUUGAGUCUUUUGCCCGGCGUUCCUAAAGUCAGAGCUAAUGGUGGUAAGAAAAGGGUGAAUAAUGGAUCUAAAGCUCAGUUGAUCGAUAGAAACUUGAAGAAAAGAGUGGAGUUACAAAAUCGAGAUGUUCAUAAAAUCAAGAAAAGAUCCAAACUAGCCAAAAAGAAACAGGUCAAGGUACAUAAGCACGAUAAAGAGCGACUAGAGCAACUGGCGAAGUAUCAGGUGUUGAGGAAGCAUCAAGAAGAAGGUACUUUGACUGAGCAUGAAAGGAAGUAUUUGAAUAAACUAAUCAGAAGGAACUCACAAAAUUUAAGGUCGUGGGAUUUAGAAGAUGAAGUACGAGAUGAGCUUGAUGAUAUCCAGCAAUACAUCUUAAAACAAACAGUCUCGACCAUGAAGGCGGACAGAAGUCAAAGAAGAAGGUCUAAGAAGAAGCAGUUUAAAGAAGACAUUAAACAGAGCGAUUCUGCUAGAGACCAUAGGUACCCAGGUUUGACACCGGGAUUGGCCCCUGUAGGAUUAAGUGACGAGGAGGACUCCAGCGAAGAAGACUAA